AUGCUCACACAUCUUCGCCCUUUUUCUCUCCCACCGUGCGCCCCACCACCUCGCUACAGCCUCAACCCUCAUGUUCAGCUGGGCUUCCCUCGGCCUCUGACCCAGCUGGUCAAACGAUCCCUCCAGGUGUCCAACCCUAACAACCAGCCCGUCGCCUUCAAGGUAAAGACUACCGCACCCAAGCAGUACUGUGUACGACCCAACAGCGGAAGGAUCGAGCCCGGAGAGAAGGUAGAGGUCCAAGUUCUUCUGCAAGCUAUGAAGGAGGAGCCUCCCAUGUCCGCAAAGUGCCGCGACAAGUUCCUGGUCCAGUCCACCAUCAUCACCCCCGACCGCGAGAACAUUCAGCUGACGGAGCUCUGGGGCGUGGUGGAGAAGGAGGACAAGAACGCCAUUCACGAGCAGAAGAUCCGAUGUGCCUUCCUGCCAGCUGCUACCGCACCCGUCCCCGAAGAAGAGGAGGGCAACGGCGGCAGUGACGACAAGUUCUCUACUGUCCGCGGAGGACCCAAUGGCAGCUCGCAGGCCGAAACCUACAACCCCGUCGUGGCCGCCUCGAAUGCCGCCGGAAACACCGAUGGAGCCACGACCGAAAAGGCUCGCAACGCAGUCGUCGCCGCCGGUGGAGCAGCAGCAGCCGGUGCAGGAGCAGCCUACUAUGCCACCAAGUCGGCCGUCGUGGGCGGUGGUGGUGCAAACGACUCAUCGAGGCAAGAAACACCGCUAGGUGAAAAGUCGAACAGCGAGCUGCAGAGUGAAGUCAAGAGGCUCAAGGCUCAAGUCAAUGAGUUGCAGAGGAAGAGUGGACAGACGGCCACUGCUACUGGAGAUGCGGGUGUACCCGUACACAUUGUCGCUGCCGUUGCCUUUGGAGUCUUUGCGAUCACCUACCUCUUCUUCUAG